GUUGAUGCCGGUUCGUUGUAAACAACGGGAUAGAGCAAGCGGCUUACUAAAGAUCAAACAACUCGUGAUAAACUAUUGCAGUAAAGAUGUAUUACUUUCUAGUGUUGCUGUGCGCUACUAUUGGCUUAGUUCAAUCGAUUACGGUGGAUGAAAAUGGCUACAUCAUGUACUGUCCGUGCAUGGGUCGUUUCGGUAACCAAGCGGACCAUUUUCUCGGUUCGUUCGGAUUUGCGAAGGCUUUGAACCGAACGCUCGUUUUGCCACCCUGGGUCGAGUAUCGUAAAGGGGAGAUACGUUCCAUACAAGUGCCGUUCGACACGUACUUUCAGAUAGCUCCGCUACAAGCAUUUCAUCGUGUCAUAACGAUGGAAAACUUUAUGACGUCCCUCGCACCAUCCCUAUGGCCAGCGGAAAAGCGCAUCUCGUUCUGCUACACUGAGCGCAUGGGACUGGACGGUAGUGCCGGCCAUGGUUGUAAUGCAAAAAGUGGCAAUCCAUUCGGUCCAUUCUGGGACACGUUUGAGGUUGAGUUUGCCAGUUCAGAGUUUUUUGGUCCGAAGCUAAACUACGACGUGUACCACGGUGACAAGAUGGCCAUGAAGUGGAACGAACGAUAUGCGGGCGAUAAAUGGCCCGUACUGGCAUUUACUGGUGCACCAGCCGUUUUUCCAGUGCAGAAAGAAAAUCUCCCACUGCACCGAUACCUCCGAUGGUCCGUAAAGUAUGAAAACGAAGCGAAACAGUUUAUCCGUGAUGCAAUGCCCAAGGGAGCUUUCAUUGGAAUUCACCUACGGAACGGUAUUGAUUGGGUGCGAGCCUGUGAGCACGUGAAGGAAAGUUCCAACUUGUUCUCCUCCCCACAAUGUUUGGGUUAUCGCAACGAACACGGUCAUCUGACGGGAGAAAUUUGUAUGCCAUCACGGGACACCAUCGUUCGACAGUUAAAGCGACGCAUCAAAUUACACCGUGAAACUGCACCAGAUAACCCGAUCAGAGCCGUGUUUGUAGCUUCGGACAGUAAUCACAUGUUAGGCGAUUUGAACGAUGCACUAAAGCGCAUGGAUGUAACAGUGGUGCGUCACCCGGAUGCAACACCACACCUGGAUCUGGCCAUCUUGGGACGUUCCAAUCAUUUUAUCGGCAAUUGCAUAUCAUCCUACUCGGCAUUCGUGAAGCGUGAACGUGAUUCGAACGGAUUUCCUUCCUCGUUUUGGGCAUUCCCGCCAGAAAAACCUAGCGCAAAAUCCAAGAGUGCCACAGCGCAUCAACACGAAGAACUGUAAAGAGAAAAAGAAGGUGUGUGGCUGUGUGUGGAAGUAGCAAAUGAGAUUUACACGUAAAAUGGUACAAAACUGCAAACGAUCGAACGAUUUAUUACAUGAUAAGUAUAGGUACGUUUAAGAUUUUUAUUUCCUCAUAUUCUACUGCAAUUAAGUAGGUACUAUUGAUCGCUAAACAUUUCAUGACAUUGCAUUGUGCAACUUAGAACGUAUUUCCAACAAUUUUCAUAGUGAGAAAAUAAUAAAUUUACAUGGUACGACUUGAAAAC